AUGAAUAGUGAAGAUUUUUAAGUGAGUAAAUAAUCAUUGACGUAUCUCAUCUACAGGGGAUAACCGUAAUUCCAAUUGUUUCAGGAAUUAAAGAAGGUGAUCUCAGAGACACCUGAGAUAUAGCCUCAGAUUAUCCAUAGUUCUCAAAAUUUGAAUGAAUAGUAUAAAUUAGAUCUUGCUCAAGUGGACCGAUUAAAUAAAUUUAUUUAAAGCAAAGGAGGUUUAUAUUAAGCAGAAUCUUACGUUUAAUACUUUGGGGAUUUUGUUUCCCCCCAUGUCUAACGAUUUUUUUAGAUUUAAUUAUUAAAUCUAAGGAUCCUAAAAACAAUCACCCCAAAUAAGGAAUUGCAGAAUUUGCUUGCUCAAGCUAACACUCUAAAAGUCUCACUUUCCUUGUUAUCAAAUGAAUAAGCAUUUAAUGGGACACUUUAAGUGACUGAAUUAUCGACGUCAAUCUAAUUUGAAAAUAAUUAAGCAACAUUAUAAAGUAAAGAAGGAGUAUACAAAACUGGGAAUAAUUAUUAAGGCCAAUUUGGAACCCAUGCUUUGGUUACUUGCAAGAAUUAGGAUAAGUUCUACUUGGCAUUGAUUUAAUUAAAAGAUAACAAAGUGAAGGAGAAAUGGUUGGGUAAAACUGUAUCCAUCUAUUAAAAUUACGCUAUUCAAUUUGAAGGCACUAAAGUAUUGAAGUAUGUCGAGUUGAAUUAAGACGAUCUAGAACUUAUCGAAUAAUGGGAAUCUCAUCAGGGAUUUGAAGAUUGCCAAAUUGCAUUAAGAGAGAUUAUGAGAUUGUCAGAUAUCUGCUAUAAGUAUUGUUCAAUGAGGAAGCAAUUCAGAACAACAGAAGACAAGACAGAAAGACCUAUUUUAACUUAUCAGGUUACAUUAACAAGACUAGUUAAUGCUAUUUCGUUUGCUGUUAUGUUUUAUAUAAGUGCUCAAGAAGCCAGAAAAGAAUUUUUCUAGGAUGUGUUUAUGAAGAAGGCAAGAAGAAAGGUAAGCAAAAAGUUUGUCGAUUUCUUUUCUCUUUACAUCACAGAACAUAGUGUCUAUAUGGCAGAAUAGUUGAGAGAUGUAUUUGGAGGAUUUGGUUUUCUCAGAAUUUCUGGAGUCCCUCAAAUUUAAGAGAAACUCAUAUGGUUAUCUUCAUUCUACAAGAACAACAGAAUCUAAAAAUAAACAGAUUAUUUAAAUACCAUUUUGGAUACUGAGAAGAAUAAAUAAGUCGUUCUUUAUUAUUUGGGACAAUAUUUCAUGGGGGAUCCAGUCUCAAUGUUUGCAGAACUUGGACCUCUGAGUUAAAGCAAUGUUAGUAAUCCAUUUCAUGUAUUUGGUUAUCACGUUGCGAAAAUUAAGGAGAAAUUGUUAUAACAAGAACAUCUUAAAUACUCGUAUUCUGCUUAUUAGUUUUCCUAAUUGACCUUCGAACUAUUUGCUUCUUAAAAGUUCUUCUCAUUGCUUGCAUUCAGAAGAUACAGGGCUUCUAAUUUUAUCUUAGAUAGGUUAUUAUUAAAUUAGAAUUUCGUCUCACUAUCCUUAAUGGAAACUAAUUUAACAAAUAUCAAUUUAAUUAAAUAAUAAGUAGGAUAAAAUGCUUAAGAAUUAUUGACAGUAUUAAAUUUAUUAAUUGAUUCAUAUGAGUUUGAACAUUAUGGAAUCUUAUUAGGCCAAAAUGAUUAGGAAAAGUUUUAUGAAAAAUUAAUCCAUGCUAGCAAAUACGAAAACAAUAGAAAUAUAGAAUAAGUUGUCAACGAGAUCAGAUUGCCAGUUUAAGAUUUAUUCAAUAGACCAGCAUUAUGA